AUGGAGGUAGUUCUUCCUACCCCACCCCCACCGGCAGAUGACGCUAAGUCCCCACGGCGUCGUCAUAGGCGCAAGAAGGCGAGCCAGGAACAGCAGGCGGAGGAGGAGGGCGUCAUGCGUCCCCCUCCUGAGAGCAGCAGUGAGGCUGAAUCUCAGGUGCACCAGCUGCUGUCCCGGACUUUGCCGCCACCACGCCUCCUGAUGUCAGCGAGGAGGUCCUGCCCCUCAGAGGUGCAACAGCGGCUCCAGAAGGCGAGCAAUACUGCUCCUGGGGCUGACGGAGUCACCUACUCGGACUUGCGACGUGAGGAUCCUGGCUGCCAUGUGCUAGUUAAGAUCUUCUCGCGCUGCUGGAAUGAGCGGAAGACUCCGGUGCAGUGGAAAAUAUCCACUACCGUCCUCAUCCACAAGAAAGGGGACGUCUCGGACGUGACAAACUGGCGGCCUUUAGCAUUGAGCUCUACCAUCUCUAAGCUCUUUGGUGCAAUCGUUGCGGACCGCACUUCUCUCUGGGCGGAGCGGUUGAACCUGCUCUCCCCAGAACAGAAGGGCUUCCGCACGUUUGAAGGCUGCUACGAGCACAACUUCAUUGUGCAGACGGCAAUUGAUGAUGCAAGGCGCAGGGGAGGCCAAGCAUGCUUUGCUUGGCUUGAUCUGGCGAAUGCUUUUGGUUCAGUGCCUCACGCUCACCUCCUUGGAGUACUGAGCAGGAUGGGACUGCCAGAGCAAUUGCAUCAGCUAAUUGCCGAUAUGGACAAUGGUUGCUCCACCCGCGUCCGUACAUCUGACGGACUAACGGAGGAGAUAGAGAUCCAGGCGGGGAUCAAGCAGGGCUGUCCACUGUCGCCCAUCGUCUUUAACCUCGCGCUCGAGCCGGUACUUCGCGCCGCAACCUCACUCAGAAAUGAGUGUGGUAUUCCGCUUAGCGGCGUCAGUGUGAGCGCACUGGCGUAUGCGGACGAUAUCGUGCUUCUAGCGCGGGAUUCAGAGGCGAUGCAGACGCUCCUCAAUGUUGUGGGUGAGGCGGCGACGUGGGCCGGGCUUACCUUCAAGCCGUCGAAGUGUGCCACGCUUCACAUCCGCCGUCGGCAGACACUAGGCUCGGUAUUCGCCCUGCAAGGGGGAGAACCAGCCGUGCUCGGUGCGGGUGACGCCUACCUCCAUCUUGGCGUUCCCACCGGGUACAAAGUCACGCAGACGCCAACGGAUGCGAUCGCGGCAAUUCGACGCGACUUGCAGCACCUGAACGCUUCCCUGCUGGCUCCCUGGCAGAAGAUUGACGCUGUGCGUGUCUUCCUCCUCCCUAAAUUUGACUUUGUCAUGCGGGGCGGAGCGGUACGCAAGGGGCCGCUAUCUGCACUCGACAAGGCAGUGAAAGCGGCUGUCAAAUCAUGGCUGUUGCUUCCACAGCGUGCGUCCAUUGAACAGCUGUACCUCGCGCUGGGAGAGGGGGGAUGCUGCCUGACGCCGCUCGCGGACGCUGCGGACAUCUCGACGAUCGUCCACGGCUUCCGCAUGCUGCACUGCGACGACGCCACCGUCCGAGACACCGCCUGGGCCACUCUAACUACGGUGGAGGUCGGCGGCCGACCCGCCAUCGCUGACGACGGGGAACACGGCGGCAUCGGAGGGGUGACGCAGCCGGCCACGGAGGGGGCGGCGCCUGGGACUACACGACACCUCGAAGAUGGCGGCGAUGGACCGCAGCACGAUGAUGACAGCGUGGGACGCACCGCCAACACUGGCGUCGAGCAUGUCCGGGUGGGAGGGGGCGCCAAACGUCUUCUCUCGCGGACGCUCCGCGAGUGUCUGAGGCAGCGCCUGCGCCACAUCCUACUCAGGAAACCGGACCAGGGGAAGGUGUUCGAGUGCACCAGGGAGUCCACAGCGUCCAACCACUUCAUGGCGGGAGGAAAAUACACGCGCUUCGCAGACUGGCGCUUCAUUCACCGCGCCAGGCUCGGAGUCGUGCCUCUCAACGGCUGUCGCCGCUUCGAUGGGCGGGCAAACAACAACAAAGCCUGCCGACGCUGUGGCCACAACAACGAGACGCUCCCGCACGUGAUUAACGCGUGCAUGGUGCACUCAGCAGCCCUGCAGUAUCGCCACAACGCGGUCCUCAACCGCCUCGCGACAGCAGUCGCUGGGCGGCCAAGGAGAGGAAACGCUGCUGUUCCUGACAUCAGGAUUAACCAAGCCGUCAUAGGGGACAGCAGUGGGCUGCGUCCGGACCUCGUAAUAACUGACGAGGCCGCUAAGACUGUGACCAUCGUCGAUGUGACAAUCCCCUUCGAGAAUAGGCGGAUUGCGCUCGACAACGCUCGGCAACUGAAGAGGAUAAAGUACGCCGACGUUGCGCGCGGAUUAGCCGCUCGCGGCUACUCCGUCACUGUCGACGCCCUGGUUGUUGGCAGUCUGGGGGCGUGGGACCGCCAGAACGAUGCAGUGCUUCGGCACCUAGGCAUCGCUAGCCGCUACUGCCAACUGAUGCGACGGCUGAUGGUGUCUGACACCAUCAAGUGGUCCCGCGACAUUUACGUGGAACACAUUACUGGCUACCGCCAGUAUGCGUCCCCCUAG